AUGGAUUUGUAUGACGAUAUCUUCAACGAUCAACUAUUGCAAUUCAGUCCUUUGUGCCUCUCCCCACCACCAGAACCAUUUACUCCAUUAAUGGAGUUUUUGCGAGACCCUAUAAUGGAAGAAACUGAGAACGUGGGCGAAGUGACGGUUGGAUUAACCCCUAAUCCUCCAAUAAGCGAGGCUAACCGUUCAACGGGUACACAUUCCCCAAAUCUAAUUCCACCUCCAGAGACAUUAACACUAGCGCAAAAUCCACCUGAAAUGAACAUGAUGGGUUCUGUUCAACAACCAAAUGACUCUACAAUGAGCGAUAUUGGUCAACAAAUAGAGGAAGAAAACAGCAGAUAUGCACAUCCAACAAUGACUCAAUCUUUUGAGUUACCAAAUGAUCUUCAAGAGCAGUUUCUAUCCGUACCUUUAUCACAAAGUUACUCGUCAUAUCCGACGUAUCAGCAUGGCCCAGUUGCUUCACAUUUCAACAUGUACGACCAGCAACAUCUUCCAUUAGUUUUAGCCAACAGUGAAGAACGACCUCUCGUCCCAAGGAUGGUUACAGAUGUAGCAAGGAACCAAGAAAACGUGCAAGAACAAGUAAAUCAGGAUUUGCCGAGGUUUAGUUACCCUACCCUCGACACUUAUGCACAAGCACUUCCAUGCACGAACUCAUUAUCUUCCAUACAGAUCAACGUUUUAAAAGGUCGAGAAAGAAGUUACCAAAGCCACAUUGAGUACGGGGAAUCAUCAUCUUCUGCUCAACGAAGGGUAUUAUUUAUCAAAAUGCACAUAAAUUUAAUUCUACAAUAUAGACUAAAUUAA